CUAAUUAGGGAGGGCGUGAGGCAUUUCUGUGCUACACAAAAUGGAUUUUGAGGAUAACAUUACAGAGGCUUUCGCUAAAAGUCACGUUCAAACAAUCGUCGAUGCAUUUGGCAAGGAGAAAUGUUUGAAAUCAUUUGCGGAUCGAGUGGAUAAUAUUGUCAAUAAGGAAUUGGAUAAAGCUCAGUUCAAAAAUGUCCUUCUUGUUGUGAAAGCAAUCGAGAGAGUAAUGCAACAAGACCAAGAAUGCUUCCAUACACUCGUUCAACAGGGUGUUGUGAUUAUGAUGGUGGCCUGGUAUGAGAGGACAUUGGAACACUUCAGAGCAGAGCAGUCGGCAGACUCUCUGGCUCUCCUUGAGGCCUUUUUCGACACUGCAGUUAAUCUCUCCCACAGUGUAGCCGAAGGCAAAACAUCAACCAGAACCCUCCUCAUCCUGCGGUUUGGUGCUCUGGUGAUGGACGAGACUGUGUCCUACAAAAUCCGCCUGGAUGCUAUUCAGACAAUAAACUCCAUGUUGAAUGGUAUCUCAAAGGAGGACAAGCGAGAUAUAUACCUCAGCCCCUCCCUCUCCCAAAUUCUGGAAAAAUUUGUGGAUGCAAUGUUGAAGGGUGGAGAUUAUGAGUUUCAGGUGGCCCUGACUGAGUCACUGUACCGCAUGACCAUCAAGAGGACGAGGGAGGAGGUGACCAGGAAGUGGUUCAGCUCCCCGAGUUUGGCUUCAUCCUUCAUGGCCAUCAAGUUUGUGGACUUUGAAACCGACUGCCGUAUAUUUCUAAAUGAAGUAAACAAGUCGUUUGGAGAUAACCGGGGGGUUUUCACGUUUCCGUGCUCACGAGCAUAUCUGGACACAACUGAGCUUUUUAAGCCAAAUGAUGAUAAUCUGAAGGAGUUCUGGAUUGAUUUCAACGUCGGCUCAUCCUGCAUUACGUUCUCUGUGCAUGAUCCAGAGAACACGCUCUGGGGGUCCGUAUGCUUGUUGAAGACUGUUCUUGACUUCUAUGAGCUAUCGUUGUUGAAUGACCAGAAUGUGCUGACUGUGAGCACCAACCGGCCGGUUCUUCCCUAUGGGAAGCUGUCCGGCUACGUGGUGCAGCUGUUCUUCUCCGCAUGUCAUGAUAUUGCUCCAGCCCUGCACAAGGUCUUUGGAGAGACACCAUCACAGUCACAGCCUUCCUGUGCAGCCAACAGCACUAUAGCAGACACACCCCCAAGACCGGAGAGCUCUUCUGUUCUCAUCACCCCCAAUGGAAUCCCCUCCCCAGAACCCCCCAAGCCACUGCCAAGGUCCAAGAAAACCAUCGUCUCACCCCCAGCAGUUGCACAAAAGGCCAAGAAUGAGUGUGUGAGCUGGGAUGAAGCGGUGGGUAGCUCUACUGCUCCUAAGGAACUGGACUCCAGUAACAUGAGCGUGCCUUCACGCAACUACACCAGGAAGAAGCCUAAGGUCAAAGGUAGACUGAAGGUCCUGCCAUUGUCCUCGCCUAGCAGCGGAGAGGAGAAGACUGCCAAGGCCAGUCGCAAACAUGUACCCCCGCCAACUCCUCAAUUGUCACCCGUCAAUCACAUGACACCCACAAAGGACACCACCAUGUUAGAGCUCACAGACUCCGGAUUCCUGGAGCCACCUGAGUUUGAAGGGAUUAUGUCGUCAUCGCCACAUCAGAAUUUCACUGAAAAGAACGUCUCCCUUGGACAGGAGUCAUUUCAGUUGGGAAAAAGGCCACAUGAAGGCCCAGAGUCAUCCGGGACAAACAGAAGAAAGCAGCCAGUGGGAAGCUUACAGCUCGGAAACCUGUUCCCAACUCAGCCACUAGAGGGAGCUACAGAUGCUGUCAUGGCAGAGGGGCAGGAGCCUGACGCUGACCUCCUGGGUGCUGAUGUGAUGGCCACCUUCCAGAGCUUCAAGACUCAGCUACUCGACCAUGUGGCGGCCAAGUACCAGAGAAUUGAGACGACAUCUCUACAGUCACUGUCGGACUGCCAAAACCAGGUCACAACACUCCUGAGAAAUGUGCACGCUCAGAGGCUCCAGCUGCUGGAGAGGUUUGAGCAGGUGGUGGAGGAGCAGCUGGUUCGCCUGGAGCAGGACUGUCGAUCUCUCAGGAACAUCGAGCAGGAGACCAUGACCUUCUGGAGGACCGAGUACCAGGCUGUGAGGUCCUUCUGUGAGCGCCAGCAGAACAGACUGGGCUCAUUAACCAUCUGCAAUGGCAUUACAACACAGCUCGGCCCACAAGGAACGGACCAAAUGGAACAAGAAACUCUGAAUUACAACAACGUCUAAACAUCUACUCUACCCGCUGGAGACUGGAUUACAACGUCUAAAACCUCUACACUACCCCCUGGAGACAUGGAUUUAGUUAUCAGAUGUAGGCUUGUCUGGAUUUAAAAAAAUAUACUUGUAAACAAACAUUAAAUAUAACUUGCACUGAAUCAUUAACUGAAAGAUUUUCAAUGACGUACUGUAUGAAAAGUGUUUACAGUGAGAAUUGUGGACAUUUCGAAGUGAGAGUUGUACAUAGCACUACACUUCAAAUGUUUACAAAGAACCAAUGAUCCAUAUUAGUUUUUUGUUCAACAUACUUUAUUUUACUGUCUUAGUGAGGACAUCUGUUGAUUUUGCUUUAUAAUCAAUUUAUUGACCAAUAAUAAAAAUCUACAAAACACUGAA